ACCAACAUGUCUUGCUGUGACUAUAAUCCCUUCCCAUGCUCUCCACUGCUACUCUCGCUCUAGGGAUAUCGUGCGUUAUUGCCCUGGGUAUCGCUUUGGGUCUCAUUCGCAGACGUGUCUACCCUUUACCUCUACCACCUGGCCCUCAUCUGAUACCAUUUUUGGGCAAUGUGCUACAAUUGGAUACCAAACGACCUUGGCUCACAUAUACUGCAUGGGGGAAGGCAUAUGGAAAAAUCGUUCGCUGCCGCGUACUUGGGAUCGACUUAAUCAUCAUAAACUCCGAAACUGUCGCGCAGGAUUUGCUGGAAAAAUGUUCUGCAAAUUACUCUAGUCGCCCUGUUUGGCGCACUAACAAAAGAGCUGGAGUGGCUUUCCUUACUCCAAUGUUUCCAUAUGGUCAGACUUUACGACAACAUCACAAGAUCUUCCAUCAAGUCCUCAAGGCCAAACUCUCGGUGUCAUACCAUGAGAUAUACUCUCGCCAUGCAAAUAGACUAGUCAUCAAUCUUUUAGGUGCCACUGCAAUUGAUGACAUACAGCACCACACUGAAGUGUUCGUACCUAAUCAACUGGUGUUUUUGUGA